AUGGCCGGGAGAAUCUCUGCCUUCCUCAAGAAUGCCUGUUCAAAUGAGCCAGUGCUAGCAGUGUCCUUCUCUGUCUGGGGUCUCGCUGUCAUUAUGCCCAUGAUUAGCCCCUACACCAAGUAUUCUGACAUGAUCAACAAGAUCACACCCUACAACUACCCAGUGCCUGAUGUGCCCAGCCACCCACAGGAUCCUCUGGGUCUAAGCUUGGAAUGGCUGAAGAACUGUGAAUGCUUCAUGUGA